AUGAGGAUCUGUGUGGACUAUCGUGAUCUCAACCGCGCUAGUCCAAAAGAUAUUUUUCCACUCCCUAACAUUCACAUACUUAUUGACAAUUGCACCAAGCAUGAGGUACAGUCUUUUGUGGACUGUUACGCAAGUUAUCAUCAGAUACUGAUGGAUGAAGAAGAUGCUCAGAAAAUGGCCCUCAUCACACCAUGGGGAGUAUAUCACUACCGGGUAAUGCCUUUCGGGCUCAAGAAUGCCAGCGCUACUUACAUGAGGGCAAUGACCUCCAUUUUUCAUGAUAUGAUGCAUAGAGAGAUCGAGGUACUCCGCAAAUACGAUUUGAAGUUGAAUCCUGCUAAAUGCGCAUUUGGAGGGCCUACCGGAAAGUUGCUAGGAUUCAUAAUCAGUCGUCGUGGUAUUGAGUUGGAUCCCACAAAUAUCAAAGCAAUUCAAGAACUCCUACCACCAAAGACAAAUAAAAAGGUCAUGAGUUUCCUAGGAAGGUUGAAUUACAAUGGGCGCUUCAUUGCCCAGUCCACAGUAAUUGUAGAACCAAUUCUCAAACUCCUCAAGAAAGAUGCUCCAACCAAAUGGACAGGAGGUUUGUCAGAAAUCAUUCGACACAAUCAAAAGAUACUUGUCAAAACCACCCUUUUUGGUCCCGCUAAAACCGGAAAUCCCUUUACUGCUAUAUAUGUCAAUAUCAGAAAAUGCUUUUGGAUAUUCCUUGGUAGAAAAGGCGUGUUGUGCUUUAACCUGGGUGUCCCAGAAAUUAAGACAUUAUAUGGCUGCAUACACGACUCAUUUGAUCUCAAAAAUGGACCCCCUAAGAAAGCAGUUAAGGGGAAAGCAUUAGCAGAUUUACUGGCAGGAAGCCUAGUGGAUGACAACCCCGUACCUUUAUGGACUUACUUCCCGGAUGAAGAAGUGAUGACAAUUGAGGGCGAAAAAAAUGAAGAUGAAUUAGGCUGGAAAGUAUACUUUAAUGGAGCGGUUAACUUUAAAGGAUUAAGAAUCGGAGCUGUUUUGGUGUCAGACUCAGGCCAAUAUUAUCCAGUGGCCGCCAAAUUGAACUUCAACUGCACCAACAACAUGGCUGAAUACGAAGCUUUCAUCAUAGAUCUUCGUUUAGCCCUUGACAUGGAUGUGCGAAACCUUCAGAGAAUGGGCCACAAAAAGGAGAAGAUCAUACCGUAUGUUGGACUUGUGCAAAGACUGGCAGAUCGGUUCCAAGAAGUCAAGUUCAAAAAUAUACCAAGAACCCAAAAUGAGUUUGCUGAUGCAUUGGCGACAAUAGCAUCAAUGAUUCAGCAUCCUGACAGUAAAUACAUUGAUCCUGUUAGAGUCAAAAUCAGAGAUCAACCAGCUCACUGUGCUUUUGUAGAAGUAGAGAUUGAUGGAAAAUCUUGGUAUAUCAACAUUAAAAUGUACUUGGAGAAAGGAGAGUAUCCUGAAGGAAUCACCAUCAAUCAGAAGAAGACUAUCAAGAAGUUAGCUGUCACACCCUAA